CUUGGUUAAAAAGUGAAAAACUCGCAAGAACCCCAAAACCUUCUUUGUUUAACUCAUCGUCGCACUUGCCCGUUUUCGAACCCAAAACCAAAAUCUCUUCACCCCACUAUUUCUUCUCCUCAUCAUCAUCAUCAUCUAUUCUCAAUUCGUUUCGUUCCCAAAUUAGGGCACUCAAUUGCCUCCGAAAUCUAGCUCUACACUCUCCCCUUCUUCUUCUUCUUUUUCUUGCUUUCUUCGUCCCUGAAUCAAUCCCCAAACCAAACUAAUUCCAGUCGGACCUGCAACAAUCGUAUUGAAGCAUCGCUUACAGUGACACCGAAACCUUACGUGAGGGUUGGAGUUUUGUAGUUUGGUUUGUUCCGAAUGGAUGUGGAGAGGUAUGAACAGCGUGAGGAGAGAUAUGAUCGAGAUGACUCUCCGGUGAGAGAGCAGCGGGAGGAUGGGAAUUCUGAUGAUUUAGAAGAGAAUGUGAGCAGGCAUAGGAGCAAGCAUAGGAAGAAGAGUAGCCGAGGGGAAGAGAGGGAUAGUAGAAGUAAAGACCGGGAUAGGUCGAGGAGAAGUGGUGGUGGUGAUGAUGUUGUCAAGGAAAGAGAGAAAGAAUCUAAAGAUUUGGAAAAGGAUCGUGUGUCUAAGGAAAGGAGGAAGGAUGAUAGGGAUGAGCGAUAUAAGGAUAGGAGUAGAGAUAACAAGGUGAGGGAGAGAGAUUAUGAUCGAGAGAAGGAGCAUGAGAGGGGGAAAGACAGAAAGGAUCGAGGGAAGGAUAGAGAGGGAGACAAGGAUGGUGAUAAAGGACGAGACAAAGAGAGGGCGAAAGAGAAGAUUAGGGAUAGGGAGAUCGAAGGAAAGGGAAAGAGACAGGGCUAAAGAAAAAGAAAGAGAAAAGGAGAGAGAAAAGCAUAAAGAUCGAGAGAAGGGGAGGGAAAGCUUGAAGGAUACAGAUAGGGAGAAGGGGAAAGAUAAAUAUAGGGAAAAGGAGAGGGAGGCAGAUCAAGAUAAGG